AUGCAAGAUCUAGCCCGUGCUUUCCCUCGACCGAGGCACACUCGCGUCAUGAAGCCUCGUAGUGCAGGCAACAGUCCUUCGUCAGCAACCAGGAGACGAUCGACAGUGAACCAAAAUAUGAUGCAUGGACUACCUACUCAAUAUCAGUCAUCUCUGGAAGAAGCUCUCAUCGCCUCAGCUGCCCGGAACUCACGUCCGAUGAGCUGGCAUCCUUCAUCAGCAAGAACUCGGGGUCUUUCAACCUCGUACAUCUCAAAUUUCCCUUCGGAUAGUUAUGCCGGUAUGGGACCCAUGUCUGAUCAGUACCUCAACUCGGCCGUCUACAACGAAAACAUCAUGUCAUAUCCCAUGACCGCCGACCCUGCAUUCUCUCCUAAUGAUUACUUCCCUGUCUACUCAACCAUGCAAGACAAUUUGUCACUUCCGCAACAGACCUCGUCGCUGAUGACCGGCUCACAGCUCGACCCGAUGGGAUGGGAUUUCAGCGCCAUGUCCACCGAUAUGUUAACAAUGUCGCACCCUGCCUCCGACAACUGGAACCUCGACAUGCUAUCGAUGGGCACCAACAUCCCCCCCGCCAGAGACAACAUGCCCAAGCUACGUGAACUGAGUGGCCCAUCAACACCGGACUUUCUCCCCAUUCAACAAUAUGAGAAUCCCUUCCAAAUCAUCCCCGAACCCAGGAAGACCGGAAAGGCAGAAGAAGAACUCGUCGGCAUGGGCCUCUACAGCCAGCCCAACGGAACACUAGCACGCGCCCCGCAGAGCAAAUCAGGCGAGGGCCUGAAGCUCGAAGAAACAUUCACUCCAUCCGACGAAGACAAAGACGCCGAGGGGGACGAGGUUGAGAUCACCGAACAGAAUCAAUUGCCCCAGCAACCAACCUACCACGAAUCUGCGCCUACCAUUCGCCAGUCAAACUUUCCCUCCAAGCAACAGCCCAAACAAGCUCGGAACCUUCUUCAGCGGUCUUUCUUCUUCGAUCACGAUGGCACAGAUCAGCAACCGAUGGCUGCUGCACAACCCUUUGCUGGUUUCAAUCAGCCUUGCAUGAAUUAUGGUUAUGGUUGGAUCUGA